GACAGCCAGUCGCUGUGUGGCCUCCGUUGCGUGCAGCUGCUAACGCUAUACGCUCCGUGCCGGGCUCCAUUUCAAAACAACUUUUUGUUUUGUUCAAUCGUUGAAAUUUUUGUUGUUGUUGAAAAGAACUAAAUGAAUUAGGGUAAUAAUUUGUCACGUUAAUUUUAAUUUGAUUCUGUUGAAUUGAGAACGUUUUCUCGGUUUAUCUCUCGUUUUGCGACCACGUGGUGCACCGGACCAAAAAACUUUAAAUUGACUGAAACAAAGUUUUUUUUUUUUUUUUUUGUUUUAAAUCUUAACUAGACUGACAAGAUUUGUGCAUUUUAAGAAGAUUCUUUCUGCCAUGGCCACAGGCUAAAGAGAUUUUCAGUUGAAAUUUUGUCUAAUCAUUGGCAAAAAGAAACGCGUUUGAUUGGAAAUCUCGGACGGAUAAAUGCUUCAUCCGGGAUUCGAUCGAAAUAAAAAAGUGUCUGCAUCUAAACACGAAAUUCAUUUAACAAUUUGAUUGGGCGGAUUUCCGUCCUAGUGCUGUCUUCUACGUGUGUCUGUGUUCCCUCGUGUAUAUCUGUGUGUGUGUGUGUGAGCGUGUGUGUGAGAGUGUAACUACAAACAACUCGUUUAACAAAAACUUUAAAAAAAGGUACAAUUUUAAAAGAACAAGAUGGAUGCCAUUAGAAAACAGUCAUCAGGAAAAAUGGCGGAACGCAUUCAAAGGAGACGACCUCUCACCCACAAAAUCAUCAUGGCCGCUGUGUUCAUGUUAUGCUGUUUACUGGACGACGUGUCGGCCUCGUCGUCUGAAAUGACAUGGGCCAACAGCACGAAACCUGCAGCUCUAGAAGACGGCCAGUGUCAAGACGGCCUAUUAAUCCCCAUGUGGAGGCCGUACACUAACCUGAGCCUGGGCGAUCGCGUAGCCCGAGGCCUUGUCUAUUUCAUCGCCAUGUGUUACCUGUUUGUAGGCGUGUCUAUCGUGGCUGACCGAUUCAUGGGCGCCAUUGAAACGAUCACGUCGCAAGAAAAAGAGAUUCGCGUCAAGAAACCCAACGGAGAUGUCCAGAUUGUGGUGGUUCGCGUCUGGAACGAAACCGUGGCCAAUCUGAGUCUCAUGGCCUUAGGCUCUUCAGCUCCGGAGAUUCUCCUUUCAAUCAUCGAAGUCUACGCCAAAAAUUUCGAAGCUGGUGAUCUCGGUCCAGGCACCAUUGUCGGCUCGGCUGCUUUUAAUUUAUUCAUGAUCAUCGGUCUGUGCGUGUACGUGAUUCCCGAUGGCCAGGUGCGCAAGAUCAAACAUUUGCGCGUCUUCUUCGUCACGGCUACCUGGUCCAUUUUCGCUUACGUUUGGCUCUACAUUAUCCUGGCCGUCAUUUCAGCCGGAGUCGUCGAAGUGUGGGAAGGCAUCCUCACUUUCCUCUUUUUCCCGAUGACCAUCUUGACGGCCUACAUCGCCGAUCGUCGUUUGUUAUUUUACAAAUACAUUUCGAAGCAGUACAGGGUGAAUCGGAGAGGUGUCAUCGUCGAAACGGAAGGAUUCAAUCAGAACGAUAUCGAAAUGGCUUCGUCCAGUCAAAAACGAGACGGCCCAGGAGGUCUGAUGGGCAUCGACAACUUGGGAAUGAAGACGUUUGACGAAGAAGAAAUGAACGACGACGUCCGCGAAUUCGAAGAACAUCGACGAGAGUACAUUCAAUUAUUAAGAGAUCUACGCAAGAAACAUCCCGACCUGGACAUGAGGGCUAUCGAAGCGCUGGCCAGGGAAGAAUUGGCCAAUAACGGACCUAAAAGCCGGGCCUUUUAUCGGAUUCAAGCGACUCGAAAACUCACUGGAGGUUCGAAUUUAGCCAAGAAAGCGAUGGAUCGAGCAGCUAGUGACCUGUCGCAAGUCGUUACAUCGCCCAGCGUACCGGAUUCGAGACUGGGCGUGCCGGACGGACGUAUCCGCAUUUAUUUCGAUCCUGGCCACUACACGGUGAUGGAAAAUGUCGGAGAAUUCGCAGCUUCAGUCCGCCGCGAUGGAGGGGACAUAAACCAAUCUGUCCAGGUGGAUUACCGAACAGAAGACGGAUCAGCUAAUGCUGGAACGGACUACAUCGCUGUCCAGGGCACGUUAACUUUCCUACCAGGCGAGACGCUCAAAACGUUCAACGUCUGCGUCAUUGACGACGACGUUUUCGAAGAGGAUGAACAUUUUUACAUCCGGCUGAGUAACGCACGUCCUACCGGAACUGGCGGCACAGGCGGAAGAGUGAGCCGAAGUGGCAGUUCUCUUUCCAACAAAUAUCGCGAUGCCCACAGCACACCUGUCAAUGGCGAAUUGGCGGGAAGUAUGAAUUUGAAUGUCGCCGCUGCCGCCGCCAACGGAUCGUCUUCGGCCACUCGCAGUCUCAGCGCUCCGGCCAUCCAGCAACAAGCGGCUGCUAACGAUGUGGAUGUCGAACUUGUAGCUCCCUUUCUGGCCACCGUCAUGAUCCUGGACGACGAUCAUUGCGGCAUUUUCAACCUGGCCGACAAGGACGUUGAACUGGUCGAAUCUGUGGGCACCUACGACGUCAAGGUGCUGCGAUGGAGCGGCGCCCGCGGACGUGUCGCCGUUCCGUACAGGACCCUGGAAGGCACAGCAAAAGAAGGCAAAGAUUACGAGACGAACGUGGGCGAAAUCAUCUUUGAAAACAACGAAAUUGAAAAGUACAUCUCGCUGCAAAUCCUGGAGGAGGACAGUUACGAAAAGGAUGUGCUCUUCUACCUGGAAAUUGAAGAACCCAGGCAGUUGGGAGAUACACCGACUGCUGAAAGCCUAACGAACCUGCCUGCGGGAGGUUUGAGCUACGAUCAGAAAGUGUCCCUGCUCGGCCGGCCCAAGCUGGGCGAAAACACACGUCUACAAAUCCGCGUCAAAGAGAGCAAAGAAUUCAAGAACACGGUUGACAAAUUGGUACAACGAGCCAACGCUUCGUUAGUGGUGGGAUCUUCGUCGUGGAAAGAGCAGUUCAUCGAAGCCAUUACCGUCAAUCCAUCAGACGACGAAGAUGAAGAUGGUGAAGCCAAAAUGCCCUCGUGCGGUGAUUACGUUCUUCAUUUCUUGACCCUCUUCUGGAAGAUUCUUUUCGCAUUCGUGCCUCCUACAGAUCGUAUGAAUGGAUGGCUUUGCUUCUGCAUAUCCAUUAUAUUGAUCGGCGUCCUGACUGCAAUCAUUGGAGACGUCUCCUCUGCCUUUGGCUGUUCGGUAGGACUCAAGGAUUCCGUUACAGCCAUCGCCUUUGUGGCCCUGGGCACGAGCGUUCCAGACAUGUUUGCCAGUAAAGUGGCUGCUGCCCAGGAUCAGUACGCCGACGCGUCUGUCGGCAACGUGACGGGAAGUAACGCCGUCAACGUCUUCCUGGGCAUCGGCAUCGCCUGGUCCAUCGCUGCCAUCUACAGGGCUUGGCAUGGAGAAGUAUUCGUCGUGCCAGUUGGAAAUUUGGGCUUCUCGGUGGUGCUCUUUUGCAGUACGGCCAUGAUUGCCUUGUUUGUGAUGAUGCUGAGGCGUUCCAAACUGAUUGGCGGGGAGCUGGGCGGUCCCCGCGGUUACAAAAUAGCUACCAGCUGUCUCUUCGUCUUCCUGUGGCUCUUUUACGUUCUCAUGUCUUCACUCGAGGCCUAUGGCUACAUCAAAGGUUUCUAAAUUUUGAAGAAAAAUGGAUGCUCCGAGAUGCUUCCCCGGCACAUUAAAAAUAAGUAAGACAUUUAAUCAACUUUGGGAAACAACAUAAGAAUUUCUUCUUCCUUCCUCUCGUCUUUUGGGUCUAUAUUGAUUAUAAGAUUCCUCCCCCUUUUUUUUGUGUUGGAUAUGUCAUUAGACCUCACUAUGUUGAUAGUUAAGGAACUCUCGGCCCCAUAUAAUCAAUUACAAUGGCACAAUCAUUGGCUAUUUGGCGGGAUAAAUCAAACGAGAACAAGAAAUUGGUGAUUCAUUAAAAAAAAAUGGAUUUAAACAAAUUUGAGCAUCUACACCAACAGAUCCUCCAUGUUUUAGCAGACGACCUAUUAGUGUACAAUGUACUUAACUAUUUUUAAGAAAAUACUUGAUCCAAAAAAAGCCGAUGGUUGUUGUUCCUUUUACCCACCAAAAAUAAGUUGUCAUUAAACUGUUAAUCUUGCUGGGGGAGCUUGGGUCCUAAAAAGAAUCCCAUUUUUAACAAGAGACAUCAAAUUGAACACUUAACUGAUAAAAUCCAAUGUUUCACGUGUCAAAGGACAUCAUGUUUUAGUCAUAAUUGACCCUUUUCCCUCAACCUCAAAUGGUCUCCACCUUUUUUUCAUUUUUUUUUUUUACGAGUGUGCAAUUUUGUUAGUUCCUCCCUGUUACCUCUUUUUCUAAAUGUAGUCAGAAUUGAGAUUAUUAUUUUAACUUGUUUUCACAAUUUCUAUCGUUUGAUUUAGAAUUUUUGUUUUGCCACUUCUUCGAAGAAUUUAUGUUUUUAACUGCCUUUAACAAUAACACACACACACACAUGUAAUAGCAAAAAAGAAAUUAAUUUCUUUCCUUUUUCAAUUUAAGUUGUGGCAGAAAAAUAGGAGGUGAUUGUUAAUAGGGUUACAUAGUCACGAAUAGCUGUUUUCUUUUUGUUUUUAUCCUUGAGGCUAUGCCCCAGGCUUCCUUUGCCUGUGUUACAUUAAAUGUUACUUGUUACAUAUUCUUUUAAUAAGAUGAAGAAAGUCAAUAAUAACCAAAGGGCCAAACACCGUGUGUGUGUGUGUGUGUGUGUAAACUUUUAACAAUCUUUAAGAACAAUAGCAUAGUUUAUUAUUUGUUUCUAUUUUUUGUUCAGUUUAUUGUUUCAUGUCACCACCAAAUUGCAUUUUUACUUUUCCCCCUUUAAAUACCUAAAACUUAAAUAGGCGUAUAUUAUGUUACAUCCAAAUACAAAUCAAAUAAGAAAUCGAAUAGAUUUGACUCCCAAAGUAAGGGCUCCUCAUUUUCCGUGCUAGUAAAUUUAAUUCAAACAUCCGAGUCACAAUCUUAACCAACAAUUUGUUUUUGAAAAGACCGCCAAAAAAAUAUAAAAAAAUAUGGAGAUAUGAGUAUGAGUGAAAGACGCGCACAUCUCUUAUUAUUAUUUUUUUUUUUUUCACCUUUUUUCUUGUACUUGGUUGUCUGAUUUUUUCCCCUCCUAAAUAUUUCACCACCUGAUUGUAUUAGCCCCACAAUAUAUAUAUAUAUAUACAUCGCGCAUUAUUAUGUUGCUUUUUCCUUGG